CAUCAUAUUUAAUAAUAAAAGCUGUAAUAAUUCUAACAAUACUUAUCAAGAAUUUGAACUAGUCAAAUUGUGAAACAUUUUUUCCUCGCAAGCUUAUCACCGCAUUUCAAAGAUAUUGAAUGGGAAAUUAAGCAAACUUUGACAACAAUGUUUCUAGGUAUAUGCUUUUGUAUAUAUAUGAUAAGAGAUGUCCAGCUUUCCUUCCAUUCCAAUUUCCAAACAUCAACCCUUCUUGGUUUCCUUUCCAUUUGCAUCUUUCUCCAAAUAUGGAGUCUCCUAUCAUUCUCAACUACUUCACAAGCUCCCUCUCUUGCUUUUGCAUGAUUUUAUUGUAUGCUUCCACACUGAACCCUGUGUUUGCUCUGGAAAAUUGUACCUUUCCGGCAAUCUUCAACUUUGGAGACUCAAAUUCUGAUACCGGUGGAUUAGCUGCUGCCUUAAUAACACCGACACCCCCUUAUGGGGAGACCUUUUUUCACAUGCCUGCUGGAAGGUUCUCAGAUGGCCGGCUCAUUAUCGAUUUCAUGGCAAAUAGUGUUGAUCUCCCGUAUCUAAGCGCAUAUCUUGAUUCCCUGGGGACUAACUUUAAGCACGGUGCAAAUUUUGCCACGGCUGCCUCCACAAUCAGAUUGCCAGUAGGAAUUAUACCCAGAGGUGGAUUUAGUCCCUUCUAUCUCAACAUUCAAUACUCACAAUUUGUGCAGUUCAAAUCCAGAUCACAAACUAUAAGGGAAAAAGGAGGAAUAUAUGCAAAUUUAAUGCCUAAGAGGGAUUAUUUUCCAAAAGCUUUAUACACAUUCGAUAUCGGUCAGAAUGAUCUUGGUGAAGGAUUCUUUAGUAAUAUGACUAUAGAGGAAGUCAAUGCUUCUGUCCCCGAUAUAGUCAACAUGUUCUCUACUAAUGUUAAGGAAAUAUAUGAUUUGGGAGGUAGAUCAUUUUGGAUCCACAACACAGGACCAAUUGGCUGCCUUCCCUAUAUUUUGGCCAAUUUUCUAUCUGCUCAAAGGGACAGCCAUGGUUGCGCAAAGCCAUAUAAUGAUGUGGCUCAAUAUUUCAACUACAAGUUGAAGGAGGCCAUAGUUCAGCUCAGGAUCGAUCUUCCUUUAGCUGCAAUUACACAUGUAGACGUCUACUCUGCCAAGUACUCUCUAUUCAGCGAACCAAACAAACAUGGAUUCGAGCUUCCACUUGUUGCUUGUUGUGGGUAUGGAGGGGAGUACAACUAUAGCAAUAGUGUUGGGUGUGGAGGAACAAUUACAGUAAAUGGAAGCCAAAUAUUCGUGGGUUCAUGUGAACACCCCUCAGUCAGAGUAAAUUGGGAUGGAGUUCACUACACGGAGGCCGCAAAUAAGUUUGUUUUCGACCAAAUUUCAACUGGAGCCUUUUCAGAUCCACCCAUACCCUUGACAAUGGCAUGUCAUCAUGUUUAGUAAAAUGCCCACUCAAAAAUAAAUAAAAUAACAUGCCCUUGCAUGUGGCAUCAUAUUUGAAAGAUUGAUAUCAAAUAUUAUUAAUAUAUAAGUGUUUAAUUAGUUAUUAUAUAUAUUAAUGUCUAAUAAUUGUAAACCUAGCACA